UUAGUGACAGAGAUAAGUGGGAGUUAUUGGUCAGAGUGGAGUGACUGGAGUGAAUGUUCUCGGACAUGUGAUGGUGGUGCCAAGUAUCAAACUCGCAAAUGUAUCCGACGACGAUCACACGAUUAUAGAUGUCAUGGCCCCAGAAUUCUUUAUUCCACCUGUAAUAAUCAGCCCUGUAAGUCCGGUGUACCUGACUUCCGGUCAGAACAAUGUGCUGCGUAUAACGAUGGUUCGUAUUCCGGUCACGUGUUUAAAUGGUUGACACACCAUGAUCCGCUUCACCCAUGUGCGUUGUCGUGUAUUGCCGAGGGUACCAAUAUGGUCGCCAUAUUAGCGCCUAAAGUCCUAGACGGCACAAUGUGCCAUAACAAUUCUUUAGACAUGUGUAUUAAUGGACAAUGUGUGAAAGUUGGUUGUGAUCACAAACUAUAUUCUCAAGCAGUUGAGGACAGAUGUGGGGUAUGUGGUGGUGAAAACAGAACGUGCGUCGGUAAAGAACACGUGACUAAAGAACGCUAUCGAUGGAUUCAGACAGGAUUUGGCUCGUGUUCGGUCACGUGCGGUACAGGUGUCAAAGACAAACGGCUUUUGUGUUUUGAUUCGUACAAAGGUCGAGUAAUGGACUCCAUUCAUUGUAAUGAUAUAAAGCGGCCUACAGACACGAGAGCCACGUGCAGACCUGGCACGUGUCCACCCGCGUGGCGUGUUGGUCCCUGGCAGAACUGCACACGUGAUUGUGGUGGAGGAGUGUCAUGGCGGGUGGUCACGUGUAUACAGACAUUUGAGGACAGUACACAGAAGCUUAUGAAGGACAGUGAUUGUGAAAGUUCUACAAGGCCCUCCUCGAGAAAAUCGUGCAAUGGUUAUAUAUGUCCCACCUGGUAUGCCGGGGAAUGGACAGUUUGUAGCGUAAGUUGUGGGACAGGUAUACAGACACGUGAAGUAAUAUGUCGUCACGUGGGAGAUAAUUAUUGUAAUGUCAAGGACAAACCACGUACAGAGAAGAUAUGUAGCACGGGCAUAACGUGUUACGAUCUCAAUGGUGACAUCCAGGAAAGAAAAGUUGGUCAGUUAAAGAUUUCAGAUGACAUGCCACAGGGAGAUCAAGCUAUAACAAAAGAGGACUUAUAUGAACCUCGAUUUGUAACGACCACGUGGGAUUCGUGCAGCGCCUCGUGCGGAGAGGGUAUCCGGUUCCGGUUUGUACGUUGUCAGGUAUUCCUAUGGUAUCUCAACGAUUUCUCAGACCUUCCAGAUGAAGAUUGCAAUGAGACGAAGCCGGCUGAGCACGAAACAUGUAUGGUAGAACCGUGUUAUGACCUAUAUGAAUGGGUACCAGAUGGCAUGACAGAGUGUAGUCAUACUUGCUUAGGCGGAAUACAAGAGUCUAUACUGAAAUGUAAAACUAAGGAAAACCAGACGAUUGUAGAUGACAAAUUUUGUGUUGAGGCGCCGCAUGUUCAAGCUGAAAGGCGAAUAUGUAAUGUCAAACCGUGUCCUCAAAGAUGGGAAAUAGGUGAUUUUGGUGAAUGUUCUGCCACAUGUGGUGGUGGUAUCAAGUCUAGAGAUGUGAAAUGUAUACAGGAAAUUGCACAGGGACCAAGUGUUUUAAACCUACCAGAUUUCAUGUGUAGCCGGCCUAUACCAGAUAACAGCACAUCAUGUAACACGUUAGAUUGUCCAGGACAAUGGUAUGUCGGCAACUGGUCUAAGUGCUCUGUCACGUGCGGACUUGGAAUUCGUGUAAGACGUCCACAGUGCCAGAAGAUUCGAAACGGAAAAUUAGUGAAUGUGUCUCGUUCCGGAUGUGACAUGACUUUGAAACCGGACACAGAAAUGAUGUGCAAUAUGACGUCAUGUCCGGAUCCAAUGAUUAAAAGCAAAAACGUCAAAUUCUACCAAUUAAGUAAACUAUCGCGACUAAAAUUGAUUGUUGGAAUGGAAGCUAAAAUUCUUCCAGAAACAAAUAUUAUUUUAAAAUGUCCUCAUGUUGGAUUAGAUGGGCAGAAAAUAACUUGGUUUAAAAACGGUAGUGAAUUUAGACGUUCUAAAAGAGCGCGAGUUUCAAAAUCUGGUGCUUUAAGAAUAAGACACGCUCUUCCAGGUCGAGACGACGCCGUCUAUAAUUGUAUGGUAGGCGGACUCAGAGCAAACGUGUCCAUUGCAUUUGGAUCAACUUUUGAUAUUUUACAAGCAACAGUUUAUAGAGAAAAAUUCUUAACAGGUAAAGCCAGUAAAGAAUACUCACUACUUAACAAGACAGUAAUGUUUACUGACCCCAUAGAUAGGUCAAGAAAACCACUGACCCUGAUAUCUACAGACUGGUCAAGAUGCAGCGUCACGUGCGGAGGAGGACUUCAGUCUAGAAAUCUUAGUUGUGAACUUAUUACGCUAGAUUAUUAUGAAAUUUUACCAAAGGAGGAAUGUUAUAAAGGCUCAACACAAAAGCCACCCAUGAUUCAAAGUUGUAAUACAAACCCGUGUGUGAUAUGGCGGACCGGGGAAUGGUCGCAGUGUAAAGAUGAGAAUUGUGUAAGAGAGUUAUAUUCUAUAGAGAGACGAGAUGUAGACUGUGUCAAUGAAUUUAACGACUCAGUUACUGACCCUUCAUAUUGCUCUACUCUCGGAUUUCCACCAGACAAUAUACGAGACUGCUUCAACCGAAACUGUACAUUUAAAUGGGAAACAUCAAGGUGGUCAAAGUGUGUGUCAAAUUGUGAUGAAAGGGGGUAUAAAACGAGAACACUUACAUGUAUAUGGGCGGGCAGUGGUGAGAUUGCUCCACAGGGCAGCUGCAAUGUGAUACCACAACCUAAAACCAGCAGAAAAUGUAAAGGAAAGCCGUGUGAUAGCAUGGUUUGUGAGGACGAGAGUGACUAUUGUAGCAUUAUAUAUCAGAUGAACAUGUGCCAUUAUUCUAACUUCGAAGAACGCUGUUGUGCCACGUGUCACCCCGAUUAUGAUUAUGACAACUACGAAGACGAGGCUACUCAACGCUGAUCAUAUUUAAAUUAUGUGCCCUAGUGUAGAAUAUUAAUUUAAACUCAGACAUGCAUUUUCCAACUGACACAAAAAUAAGGAAAGUGUAGCUAAAGGCGCUUUGUUAGAGUGGUUGAAAACAGUCAUCUGUUCAAUGCAUUGUGGCAUACAUAUAUUUAUAUUGAUAAGGUGGAAUACUUUAUAACAGUUUCGGGAUAUAUAGCCCUGAGGUAAAAUUCCAUAUACAAUGAACCCCAAUCGCAUAUAUUUUGUGAAAAUUAGGAAAUAUGUUCAACCAACAGGGAGGAGGAACGUUCACGAAAUGCAUCCCUCCUUUUAAGCAAAACAAACAAAAGAUAACGUGUGAGGGUGAAACCCAAGAGAAAUUUCAUAAAUUACCACAUUUCAUUACAUUCUGUAAAUUAAAAGACACACAAUUAAUGGCACUGUAAUUUGGAAUUUUAAAAAAAUGUAACAACAUGUUUAUUACACGAAUUCAAGAAUGUACAGUAGUGAUUUGUUAUACACAUAUUUCGAACUUUCCGAACCAGUAAUCGACAUGUCGUUGUCUCUGUGUAUCCAUGGAAACGUACUUGAUAAAAACCAGCUGCAUUUCGUAAAAUUUGGCCAAAUCUAAUG